CUGCUGCGUUAACCACUUCAGUCCAGUGAAAAUCAUUUCGAAAGAAGCCGCGAUGGCGGAGAAGAUGGAAGACGACGAGCUGGAGUUUCCGGGAUUUCCUUACCAGCCAUAUUCGAUUCAGAUUGAUUUCAUGAAGGCACUCUAUCGAUCUUUAGACCGCGGCGGCGUUUCCAUGCUUGAAAGCCCUACUGGGACUGGGAAGACUCUCAGCAUUAUAUGUUCUUCUGUCCAAUGGGUUUUGGAUCGAAGGCAAAAGGAGAAGCUUAAAAUAGAAUCUGAGCUUCCAAAUGGGAACAAGGAGGAUAAAGUUGGAUCAGAUGAUGAACCUGAAUGGAUGAGAAGCUUUGUCCCGAGUAAAGAUGCUGAUCUUGUUAAGAAGAAAGCUAGUAAGAAGAAGUCCGGACUGGUAAAAUAUGAUAAAAGGAGGGCUUAUGGGAUUUCCAAAGGAGCGGUUCUGAGUAAUGUGGGGAAAGAAGAGAAUGAUGGGCUUGACGUGAACGAGAAUGAAUUUUUGUUGGAAGAGUAUGAAAGUGAAGGUGAAGAAGGAUCUGUUGGUGGGGGUGGGAAAUCGAAGAGGAAGGGUGGUAGAGGUGAUUGUUCAUCAAGUGACGAUGAAGAUAGAAACGAUGGAUCUGAUGAGGAGGAGGUGGAGGAGAAAGAUUUUAAGAUUUUCUUUUGUAGCAGGACUCAUUCGCAGCUGUCACAGUUCGUAGAGGAGUUGAGGAAGACUGUUUUCCCUGGGGAAGUAAAUGUGGUUUGUUUGGCCUCUAGGAAGAAUCUGUGCAUUAAUGAAGAUGUGUUGAAACAUGGGAAUUCCGGAUGCAUCAAUGAGCGGUGCUUGGAACUUCAAAAGAAGAAGAAAGAUAAGGUCUCUAAGGUCAAGGUCUUAGGAGUGGAAGGAAAAAUCCGUAGGAGCAAAGCUUCCUCCGGAUGCCCAAUGCUCAGAAAGCAGAGCCUUCAAAAGGAAUUUAGGGAAGAGGUUUCUCAACAAGGAGCAUUGGACAUUGAAGAUCUUGUUCAGCUUGGAAAAAGCUUGGGAACAUGUCCAUAUUAUGGAUCCAGGAGUAUGAUUCCAGCAGCUGAUCUUGUGGUUCUACCUUACCAGUCCUUGCUAUCAAAAUCAUCCCGAGAAUCACUAGGUCUAAAUUUGAAGAAGAAUAUUGUUAUUAUAGAUGAGGCUCAUAAUCUAGCAGAUUCCCUUAUCAAUAUGUAUGAUGCGAAAGUUACUUCUUUCCAGUUGGAUCUUCUGUAUUCUCAUAUUGAGAAGUACUUUACAAGAUUUCAGAAUCUCUUAGGACCUGGCAAUCGAAGAUAUAUCCAAACUCUGAUGGUUCUUACAAGAGCAUUCUUGAGGUCUCUAUGUGGUGACCUGGGGUCUGCUGAUAUACAUGGAUGCCAAGUGGAAAAGGAUGCUGUUGAUUCAGAUAACAUAUUUCAAACUUCUGUAGCUAUCAAUGAAUUUUUAUUUUCUCUGAACAUCGAUAACAUUAACUUGGUUAAGCUGCUACGGUAUGUAAAAGAGAGCAACCUGAUUCACAAGGUAAGCGGCUAUGGAGAGAAAAUCACCAGCCUCCAGAAAGUUCCGCUUCUUAGUGAAAACGGAGAGUCUCUUGCAGAGGGAAGCAUUCUUUCUAGUUUCAGGGCUCUGGUUGACAUAUUGGCAUCACUAACACAUAAAGAUGGUGAUGGCCGGAUAAUAAUCUCAAAAGCAAGAUCAGCAUGCCACAAACCACAAGGAGGUACCUUAAAAUAUGUUAUGCUCACUGGGGAAAAGAUUUUCUCAGAGAUUGUUGAUCAAGCUCAUGCUGUUCUACUGGCUGGAGGAACCCUGCAACCUAUUGAAGAGACAAGGGAGAGACUCUUCCCGUGGCUACCACCCAAUCAGCUGCAUUUCUUUUCAUGUGGUCAUAUUGUCCCUCCUCAAAGUAUUUUGCCGAUUUCAGUUUCUCAUGGCCCUUCUGGUCAGCCUUUCGAUUUUAGCUACAGCACAAGAAGCUCAUCAACCACGAUAAAUGAGAUGGGCUUGUUGCUAUGCAAUUUGGUCACAGUUGUUCCUGAAGGCAUAGUUGUAUUCUUCUCAUCCUUCGAUUAUGAAGAACAAGUGCAUGAUGCAUGGAAGGCAUCGGGCAUCCUUGAAAGGCUGAUGAAGAAAAAAUGCGUCUUCCGAGAACCAAGAAAGAAUUGCGACGUGGAACUUGUCCUGAAAGAGUACAAGGAGACCAUUUUCAGGGGAGUAAAACAAGAUGUAGUAGUACCUUACAAUGGGGCAAUCCUUCUGGCCGUAGUUGGUGGUAAAGUAUCUGAAGGCAUUAACUUUAGUGAUGGGAUGGGCAGAUGCAUAGUCAUGGUCGGAUUACCUUAUCCAAGUCCUUCCGACAUAGAGCUGAUGGAGAGAGUGAAGUACAUUGAAAGCUUGGGAGAUAAAAAUUACACCAAGACUUCCAACUGGGAUGAUGAGCAUUAUACUACACGGAACGUGCAGGCCUCAUUUAGCAUAUUGAGAAGCUGCAAGCGCAGAGGGAAAGACUAUUAUGAAAACCUCUGCAUGAAAGCUGUGAACCAAUCAAUCGGUAGAGCGAUUCGGCAUGUGAAUGACUAUGCAGCGAUUCUGUUGGUUGAUAGGCGUUAUGGAUCAUCCGAUGUCUCGAGAAUAAGCGCUUCUCAUCCAACUAACAAGCUUCCAAAUUGGAUAAAAGACAGUCUUGUUUCUACAACGAGUAACUAUGGAGAAGUACACAGGCUGCUUCAUCAGUUCUUCAAAUUCAACAAGAAAAGAGGGCCGCAGUGAACUACUCGCGUCCAAAUGUCAAAUCACUACUCUUCAACGAUCUGGUCAAUUCUGGUGUCCUGAUGAAGUCGGAAUCCAGGCUGGGGAGCUGGAAAUGAGCCGUACUUAAUCCUUGGCCAGGUUAGCUAGACAUUACUUUUACCAAGUUACCCACUUAAUUCUUAUGUUCCUUCUGGCUAGUUUAUAGUGAUUCUUAUGCUCCUUCUGGACUGCACCGAUUUGUAAAUCGUUGAAGUAUAGAGGCAAAGUAAUGAAAUCAGUUUGUAUUUUCUUGUGGGGUCUGUCCAAGAAUAAGAUAGCUUAUGAUUAGAGGUGGAAGUUCAGAAUGUUGGGGUCAGCUUAUUUACCAGAGGGAGCUGUUUGCAGGGCAAAAUUAAAUGCUGAGUUUGUGACAGAGUCCUAACUUGGCAACUGGCAGAAAGUGACUUUACUCUAUGCUCUUCCAGCAAUCUAAAUGCGCCUUUAUCUCCUUCCAU